AGAAAGAGGAGCUGCCCCCCAAGAAGCGCAAACUGGGAAAGAAUCCGGAUGUGGACACCAGCUUCCUGCCGGAUCGGGACCGCGAGGAGGAGGAGAACCGCCUGCGCGAGGAGCUGCGCCAGGAGUGGGAGGCCAAGCAGGAGAAGAUCAAGAGCGAGGAGAUUGAAAUCACCUUCAGCUACUGGGAUGGCUCCGGCCACCGGCGCACGGUCAAGAUGAAGAAGGGGAACACCAUGCAGCAGUUCCUGCAGAAAGCCCUCGAGAUCCUGCGCAAGGACUUCAGCGAGCUCAGGUCAGCCGGGGUGGAGCAGCUCAUGUACAUCAAGGAGGAUCUGAUCAUCCCCCACGUAAGUGGCUGGCGCGGGCUUCCAGCGUCCUCUGCUCACAUUUCUCUCCCCCCGUCCUGCCCCAGGAGCUCCCUCCCAGGUCAAUGGAGCCUGCUCGGGGUCCAGCCUUGGCACGCGCAGCCCCUGGUCACCCCGUGA